ACUGAUGAAACCACCUGGAAAAGAAAUCAUCCGUGCUUUACUAAACCCACGACCAAGCGAGACGCGUUUGCCGCAGCCGCAGCCACCCUUACCGGUCGGGAUGGCGGACCGCAUCGCCGAAUUUCGAGGGCCAAUUCAACUCGGGAAGAGUAAAGUUUGCGACGGCGAAGGAAUUUUUGCCUCUGAAGACCUCGAAGUUGGAACACAUCUUCUGAUUUGCACACCCUUCGCCGGGCUGUAUGUCGAAGCGGGGAAAACCAAGGAAUUUACGUUCAACACAUCACCCCCCGAGUAUCUCAUCGGCUCAAUAGCCAACAAGAUCUGGCUGGAUCCCCAACUUGGCCAUGAAUUUUACUCCCUCUGGGCUGGACCUGACCUCAAAUCUUUGACCAUGGAUAAUGAAGAAGACGCCAAGAAAAUGGGAAGGGUGGACAUUGGUCGAAUCAAAAACAUCUCAAAAUAUAACUUCACGGGAACUCUUUAUAAUGAAAAUGACGACGAAGACUUCAUUUCCGGAGGUGUUUGGAUCCCCUCGUCGAAAAUUAAUCACAGCUGCAUUGAUGCGAACGCUGCAUAUCGCCCCCAUGAUUCCAGCCUGAUCAUGAUGGUCACUACUUUCAAAAAGGUGAAAAAGGGAGAAGAAAUUAUUACAAGUUAUCUCGACGCGUUUCACCCUUUUUCAGCUAGAAAUUUUAUGGAAAGUCAUGGUUUCAUCUGCAAAUGUCGACUAUGCGAACUGGACCGAUCUGAAAAUCCUGACGUGAUCGUGAGAAUAGUCAAGCUGCUCAAAAGUCUGGCAUACGACCAUGCAACCAAUUUGUACCCAUUUGAUCUGCAAAUUCUCACCCGCGACUUGAUAACAAUCGCCGAGCUGGAACGACUUCGUGCCGCCACGCCAGAUCUGAAUGCUUGCAUGAUGAGUCGUGGAGUUCUUACCGUUGCGGCCAUCGUACUGAUGGACGAAAAGCGUUACACGGAGUGCUUCGCCAUGAUGCAGAAAAUUUACGCCGUUUUGGUCAACAUCCCUCCGAACUUUAUGCAUCACGACCUUGCUGCCACGGUUUUGGUUUGUUGCAUGAAAAUGGACAAGGAAAAGGCCGUGCUGGAGAAAUGGGCGGAAGAAGUUAGGAAAUAUUGUCGUCUUUAUGCUGGAACUUUGAAACAUGUUCGUGUCGGACACCACCCAACGGUUCCGGAGGACUUGAGGAAAUUUGGGAUUGAAUUCUUCACAGAUGAUGAUUAAUUAAUUGGGGAUGUUGAAUUUAAGCUUUAGUUUUUUAUUUCUCAAUUUCAUAGAAAUUUAUAUUAGCUGACCUGGUAGCUAAUUUUCUUUAUACUUUAGUUUGAAGAAUUUUAUAUUUUGAUACAUUUAAUGCUAAAUUAAAUGCAAAGGAGUGACGACAAAUUAUUUAUUUCUUGUUUUCAUAACGUCUUAUUUCAAAUUUUAAACUUAUGCAUGGUGGACUGCGUUU